AUGGAGAAGCCAAUGGGAAACCAUUGGGGAACCACUGAUUUUGGCAUCUUGGUGCAGGCCAAAGCAGUCGCUCAAUGGGUGAGACGCGUGGUGGUGCGCCAUGGGCUUUGCCCAUGGGCAGAGGAGGCGUUGAGGCGUGGCAGCCUGGCCGUGGUCACGUUGGAUGAGGAGAGCGAGGAGGAGGUGGCAGCAGCUGUGCUGGCGCAUGCCCAGCUGUUGGCUGGCCUUGGGACAUCGCCCACGGCGGCCACUACUUUAUUGGUGGCACCAAAAUGUGGGUCUUUGCAAGACUUUGAGGUCUACCUGCACUUGUGUGCAUGGCUGGAGGAGGCAUUUGAAGAACUGGAGCUGAAUGGCAAGGUGCAACUUGCCACUUUUCAUCCCGACUUUCGGUUCGCAGAUUCUGCGGGCCCCAAUGAUGCAGCGGAUUUCGUUGGCCGGGCACCAGCACCCGCGUUUCAUCUCCUGCGGGAGAAGGAGCGCAGGUUGAACUCGCUGCUUCGGGUUUUGAACUUUCGCCAUUUGGCCGUUCUGGAAAGCUUUAACCAAGCCUGGGUUGAGCCAUUCUGA